GCGGGAGAGCGCUCGUGCCACCCUACCGUACCGUCCUCACCCACUCGUGAUUCACGAUUCGUGAUUGCUCCAGAUCACAGCUGGCUGGGAUAGGUGCACAUCUUUCAGCACUUGUCAACACCUCUCUAAGCCAUCAGAGCACCUACUUCACGACUGCAGCACGAGAUUUCGAGAGCGCUCCACUGUACGACUACUUCGUCUAGCUACUCCUGACCGGGUGCAAUCAUGGUCGGCCAACAGGAGUCGCUGUUCCGCUCUGCGGCGAUGAGCCUGGUCCAGCUCUAUAUCCCCUCCGAAGUCGCCCACGACACUGUGGAGGAGCUGGCCCUCUUGUCGAACGUGCAAUUCAAAGAUCUCAAUCCUGAUGUGACCCCAUUCCAGCGCUCAUUCGUAUCUCAAAUCCGUCGCUUAGACGACAUGGAUCGAAUCGUCAGAUUCCUACAACAGCAGAUGACCACCGAGUCGGUGCCAGUCAGGCCUCUCGAAGCGGCGCUACCUUUUGUCAAUGGUGCGCUCGGAGCUCAGCGCGGUCCCGCGCUCGUGGAAGACUUGGCCUCCAAGCUCAAGCAGCACGAGGAUCGACUGGCCGAUAUGAAUGGAAGCUACGAUCAGCUUCAGAAGCGCCUGCUGGAACUCGAAGAGGCCAGACACGUGCUCAGAGAGACUGCAGUCUUCUUUGAUCAAGCAGAAGGCCGCGGUACCGAUCACGGUCGCACCAGCACCGAUGACGCGAGCGCUCCACUUCUGGAGGACGACAUCGAAAGCCGUGCAUUUGGCCGCGGCGAUAAUCAGGACUAUGGCACAUUUGAUCUCGAAUUUGUUGCCGGUACGAUCGAGCGCUCGAAAAUGUCUACGUUUGAGCGCAUUCUUUGGCGUGUGCUGCGCGGCAAUCUGUACAUGAAUUAUGCCGAGAUUGACCAGCCAUUCAAUGAUCCAACCAAAGAGGAUCCAGUCAGGAAGAAUGUCUUCAUCGUUUUUGCCCACGGUGCUGAGCUCCUUGCCAAGAUCCGCAAGAUUAGCGAGAGCAUGGGAGGAACCCUGUACCCUAUCGACUCGAAUGCCGACAAGCGAGAAGAGAGCCUCCGAGAGGUCACCAACCGCAUCGAAGACCUCAACUCUGUCCUUUACUCCACCAGCGCCACGCGUCGUACCGAGCUGGUCAAGAUAGCAGAAAGCCUGUCAGCUUGGGCGGAUGUCGUGAGAAAGGAGAAGCUGAUCUACUCUACGCUCAAUCUCUUCAAUCACGAUGCGCGCCGCAAGACGCUGAUUGCUGAGGGGUGGUGCCCCACCAGCGGAAUCCCUUCCAUUCAGCUGGCGCUGCGGAGAGCGACUGAAAACGCUGGAUCUAGCGUAUCCUCGGUUCUCCAAGAAUUGCAAACAAAGCAAUCGCCACCCACCUACCACUUGACGAACAAAUUUACGGAAGGCUUCCAGGCUAUCAUCGACGCGUAUGGGUACGCCACGUACCAAGAAGUCAACCCCGGACUCUUCACCGUCAUCACAUUUCCCUUCUUGUUUGCGGUCAUGUUUGGUGACAUUGGUCACGGUUUCAUCAUGUUUCUUGCAGCAGCUGUCAUGUGCUUGUACGAGCGCAAGCUGGCCAAGGCUGGUCUUGGAGAGAUCUUCGAGAUGUUCUUCUACGGUCGCUACAUCAUCCUGCUCAUGGGCAUCUUCUCUAUGUUCACCGGCCUGAUGUAUAACGAUAUUUUCAGCAAGUCGAUGCACCUCUUCCACGCAGGCUGGGAGUGGCCUCACCCCAAGUCGGACAAGCCCGGUCAGGAGUUGGAGGCCGUCAAGCUCAAUCACACAUACCCGAUCGGUCUGGAUCCGACAUGGCACGGCUCGUCGAACUCUUUGGUGUUCACCAAUUCACUCAAGAUGAAGAUGUCAAUCAUUCUUGGAGUGGCUCACAUGACGUUCGCCAUCUUGCUGCAAGUGCCCAACGCUAUUCACUUUAAGAAGCGCAGCGAUUUGUGGGCGAUCGUCUUACCACAGAUGCUCUUCAUGCACUCUCUGUUCGGCUACCUUGUCGUCAUGAUCUUCUACAAGUGGAGCGUCGACUGGUAUGCAAGGGAUGCGGCGGGCGAGCUCAUCCACGGCGGGCCUCCAGGUCUGCUCAACACGCUCAUUUACAUGUUCCUCAGCCCCGGCAACGUCGAUGCCGACAAGCAGUUGUUCACCGGUCAAGCCUUUGUCCAGACGCUCCUGCUCCUGCUUGCAGCUGUAUGCGUGCCUUGGCUCUUGGUUGUGCAUCCCUACCUGGAAUACAAAGAACACCAAGCCAAGCAAGGAGCCGGCUACCAGUCUGUCGCAUCAGCCGAGGACGAGGAUGAUGAGCACGGUGAUGGUGAAGGUCAAGGCGGGGACGGACAUGGGGGCCAUGGCGAGUUCAAUCUCGGCGAGACUUUUAUCUACUCAAGCAUUCACACGAUAGAGUUUUGUCUGGGCUGCAUUUCGAACACGGCCAGUUACUUGCGUCUUUGGGCGCUGUCCCUUGCCCACGCUCAAUUGUCGGAAGUGCUGUGGACCAUGACGAUUCAGAACGUGUUUGGCAUGACUGGAAUUGUCGGAGUCAUCGCCACCGUUGCUGCAUUUGCCAUCUGGUUCUCACUCAGCAUUGCUGUGCUGGUCAUCAUGGAAGGCUUGUCGGCCUUCCUUCACGCUCUUCGUCUGCACUGGGUCGAGGCAAGCAGCAAGCACUACCAAGCUGCCGGAUAUCCAUUCAAGCCGCUCACAUUUGAGGAAGAGUAAAGACGUAAAUACUUGCAACUUCGCAAAUCGGCUGUAUCUUGCAACAUUCAAUCAAUUCGAAUCGAAUUGACUCUUUUGGCAGAGAAUGUGC